CGGGGCGGUCGAACUACAAGCCAUUUUGGGGACGGUGUCAGUUUCCACGGAGCACACACACACACUGCUGCGUUUUACUGGGGGGCGAAGCGGAUAUUUUGGAGGCAAAGUUAUCGGUGCCGAAGUGGGAAGCUUUCCGAGCCGGAGCCGAAGGACCGGGAUCUCUUGGAAGGCGUCUGUCGGACACGCACACGCCGCGCAAUCGCCGAGGAAACGGGGAGUUUUUAUUCGCACAUCUGAAAUGCGCUCCAGUCCGCCGUGCGCUCUCCGCCACUGACAGCGUCUGCAGCCUGCUUCAAGAUGGCGGCUCUACUCCUAUUCAUUUUCUGCUGAUCGCCUCCCAACUUUCAUUGUCUACUCGCCUCGGUGCCCACCGAUUCCCGGCCGAACCUUCAGGGAUUGUUGUUCCUUCCUCUCAACAUGCAUCGGACGACCAGGAUAAAGAUUACCGAGCUCAACCCUCACCUCAUGUGCGUUCUGUGUGGAGGAUACUUCAUAGAUGCAACCACCAUCAUCGAAUGUCUUCAUUCAUUUUGCAAGAUGUGCAUUGUGCGCUAUCUGGAAACCAGCAAAUACUGUCCCAUCUGUGAUGUACAAGUGCACAAAACCAAGCCACUGCUCAACAUUAGGUCUGACAAAACUUUACAGGACAUUGUGUACAAACUGGUCCCCGGCCUCUUCAAAAAUGAGAUGAAGAGGAGAAGAGACUUUUACGCAGAGCACCCCGUAGAUGCGUCUAAUGGAACAAAUGAAGAUCGUGGAGAGGUAGCAGAUGAGGACAAGAGAAUUAUUACAGACGAUGAGAUCAUCAGCCUCUCUAUUGAGUUCUUUGAUCAAAGCAGACUGGGAGGAGCAGUGGAGGACAAGCAGUCAAAAGAUCAGGUGGCUAACAAGAGGUACUUGCAGUGUCCAGCAGCCAUGACAGUUAUGCAUCUGAGAAAGUUUCUGCGCAGCAAAAUGGACAUCCCAAACACCUACCAGGUUGAAGUCAUGUAUGAAGAUGAACCUCUGAAAGAUUACUACACGCUAAUGGAUAUAGCAUAUAUCUAUACUUGGAGAAGGAACGGCCCGCUGCCGCUGAAGUACCGAGUCCGACCCAACUGUAAGAAGAUGAAGGUGAGCCACGCGCAGCAGGAAGGUCAGAACAGCGCGAGCAGAUCCGGGCAGGAGAGCGACUCUGCCAGCGACAAAGCCGGAAGUCCAGCCGGGGCUCCGUCCACGUCCUCGUCUCUGCCGAGCCCCGGCACGCCUGCGCAGUCCCCGCACCCGCACGGCAACAGCAACAACAACAGCAGCGGCUGCACAGUCAACGGGACUCCCACCGCCACAGCCCCGAGCCCUAGCCGACCCUUCACCCAGUUCUGCGGCGGCAACGGCGGCAAACCCCGAAAGGUUUCUCUGAACGGCUCGUCGACCUCAUCCGGAUGACGCGGGGCUCCAAGCAGUGCCGGACCAGACCAGCCAACGCCAGACACCCGCUCAGCUAAUACUGUUUUCAUGCCAACGUAGUUACAUUGUGUAGACAAUGUGCUCUCUCUCUCUCUCUCUCUCUCUCUCUCUCUCUCUCUC